CCAUAGAGUUAUUGCUAGCGGUGACUUCCUACACUCUACACAAUUCUAACACAUUUUUGACGUUGUGUCUGCUUGACAUUUAUACAAUGCAUCGCCCUCGUCUGGAUUUAUUCAAAUAUGUUAUCUAACGAUGGGGACAUUUUGGACAUGUGCUGGGAAUAUAGGGGAGAUAAAAACAAUACAGUGAGUGCAAGCUUAUUGUUCUUGAGGCUCUCCAACUGGAUCUAAGAGGAACACUGCGAAGGAAGUCUGUCCCAUCAUCCUCCGCACCAAAACCGGAAAUCUCAAAGAUUUUUUUUUCGCCGUCUGCGAGGAAUGUUUUUCAACUAAAAUCUUCAGUCCAAGUUGGUCGCAGGGGUGAAUACAAAAUGUCUCCCAAUCAAACGAGGCGUUUUAUUUUCGACCUAGGCCUGUGUUCGUUAAGUUUGGACAGAAGCAUAGCCAGAUUUCUGACCAAGUUACUGUCAAUCCAAAGACAAUCUAGCUGACAAAAUUGUCAACUGAGAAAAGAAAAGUUGAUUAAUAAAUUGGAUCAUAGUAAAGCUGAUAAAAAGAAAAAAAAUUUAAAAGGUUUUUCUUUUUAAACCAAAAGUAUUUGUGAAUCAGCAUCGUCUUUGUGAUGUGAGAAAACAAAGUCAUCAAAAUUCGAUAAAUUCUCCACUAAAUAAACAUAUUGUGGAAAGUUGGAUACAGAAAUUAUUUCUUCGGGACUAUAACAGUUUUCAGAAGUAAAGGACUAACAAGAAACAGGAAGUUAACUCUGUGAAGGGACGUAACGCAGGGGAAAAAGAGGAGAGAAACAAGCUUACACUCAGAAGUGUUGUUUCCCCUGCUAUCUAAGGUAGAGGGACAAGUCAUGCCCGUACAACUUCCGAGUGCGACGUCUGCUGAAACCCAUCCCAAGCUUCCAUCUGUGUCCGGUAUGUCAGCGUCCUUCAGAGAAGCCGAGCUGAUCGUUUCCAUCUGCUUAUGGCUGCUAGUCCGACCCAGCCUGCAGGCGGCCAUCAAUGAGGUGUUAAAUGUUGUCUGCCCUUACAGUUGUCAUAAUCACGGCGACUGCGUGGUGGCCACGUCUACGUCUGUAAUCACGUGUGACUGUCACGUCGGAUGGGGAGGAGACUACUGUGACCUACCUUGUACAAGACCAUGUGUUCAUGGGACCUGUGUUUUCGCUGGGGAGAAACAAUUCUGUCUGUGUUCGCUGGGGUUCAAAGGUGAGAUGUGCGACGUCCCUGGCUACGACAUCAACGCUUGGAUCAACCUGGCCAAGAUUAUUACAGCUCACACCCCCGCUUUGGGAACAGGUGUCCUGGAUCCACGAAUGGAAGUUCAAGCUAACAUCAAGAAAGGUUCCAGCAUCUGCAUCGAUAACUUUGUUUGCCAGAACCAAGGACGCUGUGUCAACGGUCAAUAUUCGGGCUACAGAUGUCAAUGCAAUACAAGUCGACACACGGGCAUCUUUUGCCAAUAUACUUGCCCCAAACCUUGCCUAAAUGGUGGCACCUGUGUAAGACUGCGCAAGGCCGGAAAUGAGAAAGAUGUCAAUGACGUCAUUUCGCUUCCGGAAAAUCAAGCUAUAUAUCGUUGUGCCUGCCGCGAAGGUUACGGAGGCGAGUUUUGCAACAGACAGCUUAAGACGAUCAAUGCCAACAAUACUUCUGGUACUUGAUAAACAAACGGAUUUUAAAAGUAUUUACAAAGAGAAAAUAGUUUUUUUUUAAAAGGAACUAAAAAUAAAAGAUCUAGAAUCUAGUCAAUUAAUAGAUCUAAUAUAUUAACGAUGUAUUUUAUUUUUUUUUAUGUUAGAUGCCUUGCUAAUUCGGUUUAUCACAUAAUUCACAUUCAUCUUAGCUUCUAUGGCAGAAUUCGACAACGUUCGAAGAAAGAUGAAACAAAACUUCGUUAUUUUGACUUCUGGAUCGCGUCUUUCUGGCCAGAUUGGCUCUACACUGUAAUGUACAACUGUUGUAAACGUCUGCUGGCCAGAUUUAAACCAAUCUGUUUUCAGAGUAAACUAUCUGGUGUGGAGAUAUUUAAGAUGUAAUACUUAUCUAUUUAUCAAAGCAUUGUGUAUCACCAUUAACACUAAAUAUGCCAAAUUUAUGUUCAAAUUCUCUUUAUCUAUUGUAUAACUACAAAACGUUUGGGUUGAAUGACAAAGCCAAUGUGCACGACCAACAUCAAUGAAAUAUUUUCUUUUUCAACAUUUGAAAUAACUUGUUAGUUUUUUUUUAACGUCCACGCUAAUCUACCUAAACUGUGCACUGGCUAAAACUAUUUAUGGGCAAAUGGCGAAGGGAGUGGCAGAGGUCAAAUUAGGUCAAUGAAGUUUCUUGAUUAAGAAAUAGUGUGCCUUUUAAUGAAUAUACAAAUUAAAACGUGUAUUGUGUAUAGAGAUAUCUUGUUUUACGUUGACAUAUUAUCACGUGUUGCUGGACAUCACGAGUCAAUUUCUAAAAAUAAAUAGUGAGAUACCGGUAUGUUUCCAGACUGUGCACAAUAUAUUUGAGCAAAAUCCAAAAUUUGUGAUUCUAUGUAUUUCAAAUUAAUUGUAUCAAAUACUUAAUGAAUUUGAUUUUAUCCCCCCACCCCCAAAUAAUUACAUGCCUAAAAAUUGAAAGCAAUCAAUUUCUAUAAAUAUUCUCAACAAUUGUUGAUUAAAUGUACAUGCAAUAUCAUCAUAAUGAACAAUUUAGAAUUUUAAAAAAUCUUAUUAUUGAUUGGAAAUUCCAAAAUGGAUUUAACUCCAAGUGGUAGUUUAGUUUAGAAAUACUAACACUCCUCCACACAGGUUGUAUCUUGCACAGAAGCUAAAUGAGUGACAAUUGAACACUUGGGUAUUUAUUACUGAUCAGAGUGCAUUUCAGUUGACUCUUGAUAGUCUAACACUUUAUAAUCUGACACUCAGUAAUUCGAUGAGGCUGCAAAGGCAAAAUACAGUCAGCAGUAACCAAGCUAUGGCAGCUGCAAACAUUUUGAUACUAAAAUUUUAGAUCAAUAAGAGCUUUUCUUUUUUAUCUGUUGUUUAUAUUAUGCCCUUGAAAUUGUAACAGAAUAUUAUUACUUUAUGACAUCAUAAAUACAGUUUUCUUGACUUAUUCAGUUAAAUCCUUUGAAGUACAUCCAAACUUUGGUAAUCCUUUUUCAGCAAUAUGACCUCCCCCUCCUUUUCUGACCUCAUAACAGUCAGACUAUCAAGAGUCAACACAAUUUGGAGUACGGUAAAUACUGAGCUUUGAAUGCCAUAAUGGUGCACAGACUAGAGGGAAGAAAGAAAAAAAACUUUAAGGAGGCAAUUUGGGACCAGAGCCAGUGAUAAUUUAUUAGAUCAUCACUUCUAUUGCACAGACUCAUGUACAUAUUAGAUUUGAGUUGAAACAGGCAUAGUUAGUUUAAAAAGCAAUUGUCUCAAUGGAUCUCUUCAACAUUACCUCUUUUUUUUUUCAUUCUAUAUGUUCAUACAAAUUUAUUAAUGUAUUCUAAUAUUUCAUAUUUAUUUAUUUUUUUCUUUGUUCAUUUAUUCUAAUAUUUUUAUGUGUGUGUUUCUAUAUGUUAUUACAAAUUUAUUAGUGUAACUGUUAUGUUUCAUAUUUAUUUAUUCUUUCUUUGUUCACUAAUUAAGAUAAUCAUUUUUUUUUUAUUACAAAAUAAUAAAAAGAGUAUACAUUUAACCCA